CGCCCGCCCCGCACAAAAGUGUUGCGUAUUAUAGCCGUAUUAUAGUUGUGGUGCUGCUGCUGCUGCUCGACGAGAUGAACUGCACGUCCUGCUGACGAGUCCUCCGUCACCGUUGUAACACCGCCACAGUCGCACAUUAUAUUCCUGUGGCGACACACUGCACACAGCCAUCGCGUGUAAUAGGUAUAUCGCGUAUCACGUAUAUACACUGAAGCACAUUACGCUCGACCGUCACGGUAUAGACGCAUACAUUUAUCAUCGUCGGAAUAGUAUUAUCAUAUCAACGCACCAUCGUCGUGUCAGUACGUCGUCGACCGCGCGCCUAUAUACAUUACACCUGCAGCAGUUGAACGUGCGCGCGCGAGAUAACGCCGUAUCGUUCGUCUCUGCAGAACUCUGCCGGCCGGACUACGCUGCACACCAGCCAAAACUGUUGCACAAACAUAAUAUACACAAUGCAUAGAAAUCAGUUGCUAUUUUCACUCCUCGGUAUUUUGGCCGUUGCAUGUGCCGUACCGAAUGAUAGGAAGAAAUUUGUUCGAGUUAUUACUGAACCGAAACCAGGAGAAGAAUAUGUUAGCAUACACACGGGAAUGCCUUCGUCGAGCGUUCACAGCUUACCUUUAGAGAGCGAUAUGGAUGUGAAAAUCCAAGACGAAGGACAAACGGGUAUAAAAGAAGUCACUGGUUCUGUACCAAUAGAAGAAAAAAAUUACGCGCAUAAAAAAUUGUAUCCAUCCGACGAAGAUGGAUUAAGGAAAACAAAGCCAGAAAAAAAAUAUACUGCACCAAUUGAUACAGAUGAUAUUACUUCCGACAGUUUUGCCACUAAGCCGAAUAAAUCAAAGAUUAAGCGGGAAGAGAUUAUCACUCAGAACCCUUCAAAAGUUCAAGAUAAAACAAAAAAUAAUAACAAAGAAGACGAUGGCUUGUUUGACUUUGUGGAUUCCCCAUAUGGGAACCAACCAAUCGUCGGUUCAGCUUCUUCUCAGGCGUCCCGAGUAAAUAUCAAAAAAGCGCCAAACGGCCAAGAAUACGAAUAUGAGUACGUCUAUUAUUAUUAUGACGAGGAUGAAGAACACGCAAAACCCGGUUCCAAAGCUAGUCAGAGCACUUCAAGUUCGCCCCCAACCAGUUCAAAACCCAACAAGGAUAUCAAAGAAAACAGCAAACCAAAAAAACCCGCUGCUGUACAAGAUGAAAACCAAUUUGUCCAAAAUACUAACAAGGGCAGGUUUUCUGCAGUAGAACAUACUGUUACUACAGAAGAACCUGAAGGACAUGCUAACUUUGCAGUUAAUGAUAUUGCUGAACACAAUAGUAAAACAAAGGAUUCUGGACGUAAUCUCGAAGAAGCUUUAUCAGUUCCGUCAUCUUCGUUACCAGUUUCCGAAGAGCGUCUUCCUCAUAAUCCUAGAUUCCCUGUCCGAUCUCGCGGCAAUUCAAAACCGGCUCAGGAAAUUGCUACGACAGCUAUACCCGCUACAGAUACUCCGAUUACUCGUAUACGAGCAAAUAACAAUGGCCCACACCAACCAGGUUUGGAUUUGGUGGACAGCAGCGCUUUUAGAACUCAUUCUAGUAAUGGUCAACAUGCACAAGUUACUAAACCAAGACACGAAAAUCACAAAGAUGCUGUGGUACAAACGACCGCGAUGCCAGCAGAUCAAGUAGCAACUAUUAAUAACGCUUAUAACACUCAGCUGACAGAAACAGUAGCAACUGUAACAGAAACAGUUAGCUUAGAUCGGAAUCAAGACAAUACCGAUGUGGAUACUAAGGGGUUAUCAUUGACGACAACAUUAACCCCCGACGAGGUCGUCACGAUCGUCACCCAACGUUAUACCGCAGGAUCGACAGACAAAGGGGCAGUAGACCUGUACGCCAUUUUGCAGCAAACACGUAGCGAAGAAACGGCCAACACGAUAUUAUCGAAUGAACAUUCCACGAGGUUUGAGGACAGCGAAACUCAAUUCCCAACUACUCUGCGGCUGGUACCAACCACGAUCACAACCACCACAACACAAGCUCCAACGACAACAACGACAACAACUACUACCACAACCACUACCACUCCAGCACCGACACCAGCACGUCAAGCUCCUGGAUCCGGGCCGGUGCGUAGCCGUUAUCGCGGCGGCUCCGUGGGUAACAGGAAUUCGUUAACGUCGACCACUACGACAACGACAACUGAGUUACCACCAUCCGACGAGGUCACUGAAAAACGUAAAUUCAAACCUUCCCGAGAACGGAACACACAGGGAUCUGUCUAUAGCAAGAGAUAUCAAUCUUCUACAGCCGCUCUUGAUAAAGAAUCUUCCACUACUGAAAGCGAAGUAGUAACAAAAGCACAAAAACCUUCCUUCGGUCGUCAAAGAACACGCGCAAGUAAACCCAUAUCAAGCACAGCUCCUAUUGAUGAAAAUGUAGAGGUUACAUCAGCAGCACCAAGACCUAACUUUGCGGAAAGAUCCAAUUUGAGGAGACAAAAUAGUAGAAACAAGUUUACAACAUCUGCAUCAACAACUACAACAGCAGCACCUAUACAACAAGUAACAGAAGAAAACGAAAGCAAUGUUUCUGAACUCGAAGUUUCAGAGCCAACAACCACAACUGCUAAAACUAUCGGAGGUAGACCGAGACCAAAUAUUAGACCAUUGAGACCAGGAUUAAGAUUGAACUUUGGAGGAAAGGGUUCAUCAACAACAGCGGCCCCUGUACAAUCAACAACUCAAGCACCUAUCGUAGAAAGUUCUCCAGAUGAAGUAGAAGAAAAGGAACUGAUACAAGAAACCAGCCCAACCCCAACACCAGACACACUUUCAAGACUUAAAAACAAAUCUAGAUUCAGAGUACCAGAAAAACAAGCUUCACUUGCACCGAAAGCACAAACUUUAGCUCCUCCUGUUACUGGCCAAAAUAGAAAACAUUUAUUAUCUAAUUUGUUGCCUAAAAAGAAGUCGAUUCAAACUGAAGAGCCUCCAGUAUCUGAGGAUUUGAAACCAAUAAUGGAAAAUGAACAGGAAAACGCAGAAUUACAAAACGAAGAAGAUGUUGAUCGACAACAACCUUCUUCUACCACGACCAGCACAACUGAGGCACCUCCAUCGUCUACAAACAAAUUAUCAUCUUUGUUAUCUAAGCGAAGGCCACUACAAAGAAGACCAGUUGACCUACCUAGCAAACAAUCAAAUCAAGACGAAUGAUAAAUCAAAAUUAUAUUUAAAAAACUAUUGGAUAAAAUAUAUUUAUGAUCCAUAUAGAUACUAAUUUUAAAUGUA